CUGCUCCAUUUCUCUUGUUUGCAUUGUCUAUCUUUGCUCACCCUUUUUUAUUUGUUCCUUUUAAUUUCUUGUUGGAUAACCAUGGCUGUGGGAGAGGUUUUUCUCUCAGCUUUCCUUCAAGUGUUGUUUGACAGAUUGGCUUCCCGCGAGUUCAUAGGCUUACUACACAGCCGGAAGUACGAUGACUUGCUGGAAAAGUUGAAGAUCACAUUGCUGACUGUCACAUCACUGCUUAAUGACGCUGAGGAGAAGCAGUUUCAUAGCCCUGCAGUGGAGAAGUGGCUUCACAUGGCUAAAGAUGUUCUUUAUGAUGCAGAGGACAUAUUGGAUGAGCUUGCUACCGAAGCCUUGAAAUGUAAGGUGGAAGCUGAAUCUCAGGCCAACCCAAAUCAGGUAUGGAACUGGAACUUCAUCUCCACCCCGUCUAGUAGAGAAAUAGAGUCCAAAUUGAAAAAGAUUAUUGACAAGUUACUAUUGAUUGCGAAAUAUAAAGAAGCCCUUGGUUUGAAAGACAGUGUUGGAGGAAGCUCAUCUGGGCUCAAACAAAGAUUGCCAACAACUUCAUUGGUAGAUGAAACUUUUGUCUAUGGCAGAAAUCAUGACAAGGAUUUGAUAAUCGAGCUACUCAUGAGGGAUGCACCAAGUAUGAAUAGAAUUGAUGUAGUUCCUAUAGUUGGGAUGGGUGGUAUUGGUAAGACAACUCUUGCUCAAAUUGUUUACAACGAUGAAAGAGUAGAUGAGCAUUUUGAUUUAAGAAUUUGGGUGUGCGUGUCUGAUCAAUUUGAUGUAGUGAAGGUAACAAAAACAAUUUUUAGGUCAGUCACUUGGGAAAAUACUGAUCUCAAUGACUUAAAUCUGCUUCAAGUUCGUUUGAAAGGAAAAUUGGUAGGGAAGAGAUUUUUGCUUAUUUUGGAUGAUGUUUGGAACAAGAGAAAUAAUGAUUGGGAUCUUCUAUGGAAUCCGUUAAAAGCUGGGGCUAGGGGAAGCAAAAUAUUGGUGACAACACGGAUUAGGGAUGUUGCAUCAAGCAUGGGGACAGUUCCAGCACAUCAUUUGAGAGGUUUAUCAUUUGAUGAUUGCUGGUUAUUGUUCACAAGUCAAGCAUUUGAGAAUAGAAACAUUGAUUUCUAUCCAAAUUUGGAGGCAAUUGGUAGGGAGAUUGUGGAAAAGUGUGAAGGGUUGCCCUUAGCAGCAAAGAGACUGGGAAUCCUACUGUGCUCUAGACAAGAAAAAGACGAAUGGAAAGAUAUAUUGAAUAGGAAAAUAUGGGAUCUGCCUGAUGAUGAAAGUGAUAUUCUUCAGAGUCUAAGACUAAGCUAUCAUCACCUUCCUGCACAUUUGAAGCAAUGUUUUGCAUAUUGUUCUAUCUUCCCUCCAGGAUAUGAAUUUGAGAAGGACUCACUAGUAUUAUUAUGGAUGGCAGAAGGAUUUGUGCAACAACCUAAAGCAAAGAAAAGAUUGGAAGAUGUGGCUGGUGAAUAUUUUCUCGAGCUAGUAUCAAGGUCAUUCUUUCAAGAAUCUACAGAUAAUGAGUCACGAUUUAUGAUGCAUGGCCUCAUGAGAGAUUUAGCUCAUAUUGUUUCUGGAGAAUUUUGUUUCAGAUUGGAGGAUAAGCUAAAGGAUGAUAGUCAAAACAGAAUUCAUGAAAAGGCUCGCCAUUCCUCGUACUUACGCAGCAGACGCGAUGUGCUCUCAAAAUUUGAUGCCUUCAAUAGAGUUGAACGCUUACGCACUUUCCUACCAUUAGAACCAACUGGCAUGAUAGGAGUUAGCUAUCUAGCUAAUAAAGUCCCUUGUGAUCUCUUGCCAAGGUUAAUAUAUCUACGAGUGUUGUCAUUUAAUGCUUGUCUUAUCACUGAAUUGCCAGAUUCCGUAGGUGACUUAAAACAUCUACGCUACCUCGACCUUUCUCACACAACAAUUAAAAUGUUACCUAACUCAACAUGCACCCUUUACAAUUUACAGACAUUGGUCCUAGUACAAUGUCACUCUCUCACUGAGUUGCCUGCAAAGAUGGGAAACCUAACAAGCUUACGACAUCUCUGUAUUAGUGGAAGCAGGUUAAAAGAGAUGCCACAACAAAUUUGUAGGUUGAGGAAUCUCCAAACGUUAUCUACUUUCAUAGUGGGUAAAGAUGGUGGGCUAGGAAUCAGAGACUUGAGAGACAUGUCACAACUUCAAGGAUCACUUGUCAUUUCUGGACUGCAAAAUGUUGUUAGUUUUACCGAUGCAAUGGAGGCUAAUUUGAAGGACAAGCAGGGACUUGAUCAGUUGGUAUUCCAAUGGAGUAACAGCUCUGAAGAUUCAGUUAAUUAUGUGUAUGAAGAGGGAGUGUUUGAAAUGUCGCGGGAUUCAGUUAGAAGCAUGAAAUCUUAUACACAAGAACUUGCUAAACGAGCACUGGUACGGAGCAACAGUUUGUAUAGUUCAAGGAAUGAAACAGUUGAAACAGAUGUUCUUGAGAUGUUGCAACCACACAGAAACAUAAAGCAAAUCAUUAUCGGGGACUAUGGAGGUACAAAAUUCCCAGCUUGGAUUGGAUCUCCUUUGCUCUCCAAUCUGAUCGUUCUAAGACUUAGUAAUUGUCCAAAGUGUAGUUAUCUACCACCAGUUGGGCAGUUGCCCUCUCUCAAAGACCUAAUGUUUGAAGGAAUGGAAGGAAUAAAAAGAAUAGGUGCUGAGUUCUAUGGUGAUGGGUGUUCUUCUGCUAUGCCUUUUCCAUCCCUGGAGACUUUAAAGUUUGAAAACAUGUUACUGUGGGAGGAGUGGUCUUCUUCUGGAGUUGAAGGCAAAGGAGACUUCAAUAACCUGCAAAAGAUUGAAAUCCGUAACUGUCCUAAGCUAAGAAAAUUGUUACACCAGUUUCCUGCCUUGAAAAAAAUGAGUAUUAAGGGGUGUGAAGCAUUGGAAAGUCUUCCAAGGGUUUUUACAGUUGAUGAUAGCUUAAAACAAAGCAGUGAAUUCCCUUGCCUCCUUGAGCUUUCUAUAUGGACAUGUCCUAACCUGAAAGAACUACCCCAUCUUUUUCCUUCCUUGGCAAUGCUUGAAAUAUAUGGAUGCCAAGAAUUGGCUGAACUUCCAGGGCUUCCUUCAAUCUGUGAAUUAGAAGUAAAUAAGUUUGAUGAAAUGGUGUUACAAAGCAUAGUUAACCUCACCUCGCUUACUUACUUGCGUAUGUGUGAAAUUUCCAUGCUCACAUGUUUUCCUGAAGGGUUUCUUCAAAAGCUAACAGCUCUUGAAGAAUUACAGAUUGCUGGUCUUGAUGAGCUCACAACUUUGUCCAAUGAAAUUGGAUUGCAAAAUCUCCAAUGCCUCCAACGUUUGGAGAUUUCAGGAUGUCCAUUCUUAAAGGAGUUGCCACAAAGUUUAUAUGAACUUUCAUCUCUUAAGGAGUUGAGGGUCUCAAAAUGCCCCUCACUUGUGUCCUUUCCUGCGACAGGCUUGCCUUCCAUGCUCAUAAGCCUUGAGAUCAAGGAUUGUAAGGCUCUGUUGUUCCUACGUGAAUGGACGAUGCAUGACAAUGAGAAGGCGUUUCCUUUACUUGUAUAUUUGGUAAUUGAAGGUUGCUCUUCUCUCACAUCUUUACCAAGAGGCCAGUUGCCCAGCACGCUUAAAACACUUGAAAUCCGUGACUGCAUGAGUUUGGAGUCAUUUCCGGAGCAGAUGCAAAGCAAUAUCUGUCUUGAAUUCUUUAAAAUUUCAUGUUGUCAUUCUAUCACAUCCUUCCCGGAAGGAACUUUUGGGUUGUCCGCUGUCACAUCCAACACUGUCAUGAACCUGAAGGAGCUCAUCAUCAGCAAUUGUAAGAACCUCGAGUCCUUACCUGAAGGCAUACAUAACCUCAAGGGUCUCGAUUCCUUGGAAGUAGUUGAGUGCCCACUAAUUUUAUCUUUUCCAGAACCUGGCUUGCCAACCAAGCUGCGAUCAAUAAGAAUCUCCAAUUGCAGGAGUCUCAAGUCCCUGCCACAUCAAAUGUACAGCCUCACAUCUCUUGAAGUACUACACAUAGAUAGUUGCUCAAGUCUUGCAUCAUUUCCAGAAGGGGGCUUACCGGCCAAUCUGUUUUCACUCACAAUCUUAGACUCUGAGAAUCUCAGGCCCUCAUAUGAGUGGGGGCUACACAGACUCACUUGUCUUGUGGACUUGUCCUUUGGUGGAUGUCAAGGGUUGGUAUCUUUUCCUGAGAAGUGUUUGCUGCCUUCUAGUUUAUCCUCUCUUCAUCUUGAGCGACUGCCAAAUCUUGAAUCCCUGCCCCAGAGAUUGGAAAACCUCACCACUCUUGAUAAUCUAGAAAUAUGGGAAUGUGACAGGCUUGGGGUCUUGCCAGACAGCUCAAAUACUUUCGAGUUUGGAAUUUUAGGAUAUCCUUUGAUAUAAAGUUAGUAGAGAAAUCUGCACCGAGAAACAAGCAGCCGCCUUUUGUUAUAUGGUUUUGUUUGAAUUUGGUGUGAAGGAGUCGUAGACUAAACUCAUUUAUAUUCCACUCUUAUUAGACUAUCCGGAAAGGCCCUUGGAGUUUUGGAAAAAAACAAGAGUUGCUUAUGCAGAAUGUGGAGGGGCAGCUGGUGUUGUACAAUCUGUUAACCCAUAUAAAGAAGGAUGUUCUUUCAAUUCAUCGGAAUAGCCUUGCUGGGGAUAGCGCUGAUAGGGAUAUUAGACUAUUACAAGUUUUUCCCAACACUAGUUUGAUGAAGUGGGAAAGGAUGGAGUUGGACUUGAAGAAGUAUGAAGUUGGUCUACCGUGAGGUGUGAUAACCUCAAGACAGAAAAGUGUGACGUUUCUUCUCGACUCUUUCUUAUGUUAGAAGGUGCAAAAUUAAUAGGUGCCGGAGCUGCUUAGAUCAACUCAAUCUUUGUUGACCCCAAGGGAUAAUUUAAUUGGCUGGAGUUCACACCUCAUGAAGCAGAGGUCACUAGUUUGUCUGAAGCAAAUAGUCCUAGAGCACACACCCGAAGAAGUUCUCCUUUGAGCUCUCCAUUUGACAGUGGUGGCAGUUCACAGAAGGAUGGCAUUGAUCCCCUUCAUCUGCGUACUCCGCAUGAAAGCCCUCCAAAAAUUGGUCUAGAGAAGGCAUUGUCAGACGUGCUAUUGUAUGCUGUGCCUCCCAAGGUUUUCUUUCCCUCAGAUUCUGCUUGUAGCUCAGUCCAUUCUCUGUCAUCAGGGGCCUCAGAUGGAAUAACUUGGCGCAAAAAUGGAGUGCUGUUAGCUCAUCAACCCAAGGCUCUGGUAACAAUGAUGGUGAUGCUUUAGGUGAUGUUUUUAUUUGGGGGGAAAGCACUGGCGAUGGCAUUCUAGGUGGAGGAAUACACAGAGAUGAAAGUUCUUCUGGCGUUAAGAUUGAUUCUUUAGUGCCUAGACCCAUGGAAUCUGCAGCAGUGCUUGAUGUUCAGGAUAUAUAUAGCUUGUGGUCGGCGACAUGCUGCUUUAGUAACCAAGCAAGGAGAGGUUUUCUCUUGUGGGGAGGAAUUGGGAGGCAGACAUGGACAUGGUGUGAACUCUGAUGUUUCUAAUCCAAAGCUUAUAGAUGGUCUUAAAAAUAUCAACGUUGAACUUGUGGCAUUUGGAGAGUACCAUUCUUGUGCUGUUACUCUUUCUGGUGAAAUGUACACUUCGGGUAAUAGUGCUUAUAAUUCUGGGCUCCUUGGACAUCUAAAUGAAGCAACGAUCGAUCUGAUCGUUCUCCAAUCUGAUCGUUCUAAGACUUAGU